AUGCACUCCGCUCUUUUCGCCAUCUUCGGUUUCGCCACCGCGGCCUACACCGCUUCCAUCCCUCGCGCUGCGCUCAAGUCCUUCGAGGUCACCGGUUUCAACUUCACUCAGGCCGCCGGCUCCGACGCUGCCAACGUCUACUUCUACGUCAACGAGCCCAACACGGGCGACCUGACCAUCUGCGGCGAUGAUGCCGUCCGUCCGAAUGAGCUCCGCUUCUGCAAUGGAGCUCCGCAGUUCGUGUUUGGCGACGACUUCAAGACUCUUUCCGUUUCUUGGCUGUGGGGCGCCGACGGUCCCGACGACCACACUUCUGCUAGUGGCACGGCCAACGUUACGCUGAACUGCGUCGACGACCCCUCUCAGCAGGGCCAGCAGCAGUGCACUGCCGACGACUUCAAGAUUGAGCCCACUAUUGUUGCCCCUUAG